CUCCAGACUUGGUCGGCCCUCUGGGGCGCAAUCUGUCCAGCGUGCAGAGGACCUGCGCUUGCAGUGCUGGUGCUGUGGGAGCCCAGCUCUCCAGGGUGAUGGGGGCCCCCUCGCUGAGAAAUAGGGCUGAUGGCACACCCUGCCAUCCUUUGGGCCACAUGCUGCUGUGGACAGCUCUCCUGCUCAUGGCUCCUGGUUCCAGGGCAGCUGCAGCUCCCCCGAAGGCGGUGCUGAACCUCGAGCCCCCGUGGAUCAACCUGCUCCAGGGUGACAGCGUGACCCUGAGCUGCCAGGGGCACGGGAACGACUCCAUCCACUGGUUCCACAAUGGGAACCCCAUCCUGACCCAGGUCCAGCCCAGCUACCGCCUCCAGGUCAGCAACAAUGACAGCGGCGACUACCAGUGCCAGACGGGCCAGACCAGCCUCAGUGACCCCGUGCAUCUGGACGUGGUUUCCGACUGGCUGCUGCUCCAGACCCCUCGCCUGGUGUUCCAGGUCGGGGAGCCCAUCGUGCUGAGGUGCCACAGCUGGAAGAACAAGCGUCUGUACAAGAUUGUAUUCUUCCAGAACGGAAAGUCCAAGAGUUUCUCCCGCCAGCAGUCCAACUUCUCCAUCCCACACGCCAACGCCAGUCACAGUGGCGAGUACCACUGCUCCGGGAACAUAGGGCAAACACUGCACUCGUCGCGGUCUGUGAGCAUCACCGUCCAAGGGUCCAGCUCCAGCUCCAGCAAUGGCUCCGUGGUGGUGAUAGCCGUGGUGCUUGUGGUGGUUGGCAUUGCUUCUCUGGCAGGUGUCGCUGCCAUAGUGGUCUACUGCAACCGCCGGCUACGGCAGACUUCAGCCCUCCCAGGAAGCCCUGAGCACAGGGAAAAGGGACAGGCUGUACCUGAGAAAGAAGUCAGCGUCUACAGUGCUGAAGAGGCUGCCAAAAAGGAGGAGGAGAACACGAUCACCUACUCGCUCCUGCAGCAUCCGGAGGCUCAGGAGCAGGAGCCUGCUGAUUACCAGAAUAUGUAGUCCCCACCCCCGCCCCCACCCCCGCCCCUACCUGGGACACCUGGGGCAUGUCAGCAGCUGGGGGGCCAGUCGGUGUCUUCGGCUGGACUGCAAGGACAGGGACGCUGUGGUUCCAAAGGAGGAGGACUCUUCCAGACUGGCCUCGUGGGUCCUUAGCCCCUGUCCUGAAAGUUCGCCCACCACGUCCCAGGUGACGCAUUGCAGGUGACUGCCGGCUGACCCCUGUGCCUCAGCACUUCUCGCCAUCGAGACCCCGCUGUCACAUCCCGACUCCUCUGUAGCAGCAUGGGAAAUGCAACUUUACAGGCCGCACCAGAAAAAUUGCGUAAACAGACAUGAUUGCACAGACGCUGAGCCCACAACACCGUCACAUUCAAGUGGUUGUUUCGGGGGACGCGGUGCCGCUGUUCCCUCUCUUUCGUCAUCUUUCGUGUAUGGACCAUGUAUUGCUUUCAUAAUAAAACACUGUGGUGACAACAUU